UGGACACGGUUAGCAUGCUAACUGAUGAAAUGCUCCCUGCCCAUGUUCAACAGAUGGUGCUGAUGAAAGAAGAAGCUCUUGAAGAAUGGAGGCCUGGUGUGGACCAGCUGGACUCAGAGCCCCUCAACAUAAAAGAGGAAGAGGAGGAACCUUGGACCAGUCUUGAGAGAUACCGACUCAAUGUGAAGGAGAGUACUGAAGUCACCAGGUUUUCAGUCACUGCAGUUCAUUUGAAAAGUGAAAAUUAUGAUGAGAAGCCUCUGUUCUCACAGCUUCAUCAGCACCAAGUGGAAAACAGAGAUUUUCCAACCAGCAACUCAGCUGAUCAGAUGGAAGCAGCAGCUGAUGGAGAGGACUGUAGAGGAGCUGAAACUACCAGAAACUCAGAUCUAAAUACACACAUAGAGGAUUCCAGCUCUUCAGAGACUGAACUCAGUGAGAAUUAUGAAGAUGAUGAGGAUGUAAAAUCUUCAAAGUCACACAUGAAUGUUAAGAUAAGGCCAAAAUUAUUUAAAUGUGAUGACUGCGAUAAAAGCUUUACCACUAAAAAAUAUCUAAAAAUACACAUGAGAGUCCACACAGGAGACAAACCUUUUCCUUGUGACGUUUGUGGUAAAAGAUUUAGUCUAAGCACACACCUAAAAAGACACAUGAGAGUGCAUACAGGAGACAAACGGUUCACUUGUGAUCUUUGUGGACAAAGAUUUAACUAUAACUCAUGUCUAAACAGACACAUGAGAAUUCACACAGGAGACAAACCAUUUCUCUGUGAUCUUUGUGGACAAAAUUUUAGUGAUAAGACAACCCUAAACAACCACACGAAAAUCCACACAGGAGACAAACCGUUUUCUUGUGAUCUUUGUGGACAAAGAUUUAGCCGAAAGUCACAUGUAGACUCCCACAUGAGAAAACACACAGGAGACAAACCGUAUCCUUGUGAUGUUUGUGGACAAGGAUUUAAGCACAAGUCACAUUUAAACUACCACAUGUUUAUCCACACAGGAGACAAACCAUUUUCUUGUGAUUUUUGUGGACAACAAUUUAGACAUAAAGGAACCUGCAAAUAA